CUGUGGUGUCCCCCGCAGCCCGUUUCACCAGCCGUCCUGGAUUCCAGGAGGCCGGCAUCUUCAGUGUGGGCACCCGGCUGUGACAGCUUCCAGACCCAUCACAGCCAGGUGCCCACUGCGCAUGCGCGAGUAGCGCUGGGCUUCAUGAAUGGUCCUGUAGUCUUCUGGGACCUGUCACGUGUCCCAAAACACUACAGGGAGGGAAGGAGGACACCUUACGCUUCCAAUUGCCUAGGUGAUCGGACCAGAAGUGGGAGCAGGUACCUGUCAAAUUCAGGUACCCGCUCUCCUCUCGCCCUCCAAAGGUGCCAAUCCUUAAUGGGGAGCGGGGGGAGCAGUCCUUAAAGCGGAACUUCCAAUUUUGGGUGGAGCUCCACUUUAAAA